GCCCCUUGCGUGUUCCCGCGCCCUCGUUCCCGGGUGGAGCCGACCCGCGGCGGAAGCGGAAGUGCCGCGGCGGAAGUCCCGGGCCGCGGUUGCUGGGUUACCGCGAUGUUCCGCGCCGCUGUGGACAUCCAGCCCGCCUGCCUCGGGCUGUACUGCGGCAGGACCGUGCUGUCGGUGAACGGCUCCGUGGAGACCUACGGGGACUGCGGGGUGUGUCCUAGAGGCCAAAGGACGGAUGACAACAAAAUCUGCCGGGAGUGUGUGGGAUCUCCAGACCGCUAUGACUGGCUGUACCUCGGCUUCAUGGCCAUGUUGCCCCUGGUUUUACACUGGUUCUUUAUUGAGUGGUAUUCUGGAAAGAAGAGCUCCAGCGCGCUGCUGCAGCACCUGACGGCGCUGCUGGAGUGCGGCGCGGCCGCCGUGGUGACGCUGCUGCUCAGCGACCCCCUGGGCUCCCUGCACAUCCGCUCCUGCAGGGUCAAGAAGCUCUCGGACUGGUACACCAUGCUCUACAACCCCAGCCCCGACUACAUCACCACAGUGCACUGCACCCACGAGGCCGUGUACCCGCUGUACACCAUCGUGUUUAUCUACUACGCCUUCUGUCUCGUGUUGAUGAUGCUGCUUCGGCCUCUCCUGGUUAAGAAGAUUGCCUGUGGUCUGGGAAGAUCUGACCGGUUCAAAAGCAUUUAUGCAGCACUCUACUUCUUCCCCAUCCUCACCGUGCUGCAGGCUGUGGGAGGAGGCCUCCUCUAUUAUGCCUUCCCAUACAUCAUCCUGGUGCUCUCUUUGGUUACACUGGCUGUGUACUUGUCUGCUUCUGAAGUGGAGUUUUUCAAGGAUCUGCUGGUGAGGAAGAAAAGGCUCGUUGUCCUCUUCAGCCACUGGUUGCUUCAUGCCUAUGGAAUCAUCUCCAUCUCCAAGCUGGAUAAGCUUGAGCAGGACCUGCCUUUGCUUGCCUUGGUACCUGCCCCUGCUCUCUUCUACCUGAUGACAGCAAAGUACACAGAGCCCUCACGGAUCCUCUCCGAAGGUGGGAAUGGACACUGAGAGGAGCCUGUGCCCACAGCUCUGUCCCAGUGGUCUGGAUGGAGCCAUUCUAGUGCUUGGCAUGCUUUGGAAACUUCUGUUUUCAAAAAGAAGCUGUUUAUGUGCCAGACUUCUGGUGAAGCACCUCUAGGUGAGACUGUAUAAUAUUAAAAAGCUGCACUUUGUAUUCUUCCUAAAUAUCUGGUAUAGAUCAAAAGCAAUGUCUUUUUAUCUAUUUAUCACUGUGAAUCUGUAUAAAAAGCUUGUGACACGUCCUAAGUACAAUGGUUUGCUUGUGUAUUGUUCAUUUCCUAACACGAUAUUUGAAUAAAACAAUAGAGCCUGGUUUUCAAUACACUGUAAUUAAAAAAAAUAGAGUUUGAAUAUACCAGAGAACUUGAUUUUUUCAUCACAUACUCUAGCUUCUGUCCCCCACCAGUGGAAACAUACUGUCUUCUUCCUAACAUCAAAAGAUAAAACAUUAUUCCUCAUGAUGUUUGAGACUGACUGCUGAAGAAGAAAUGCACUGUAAAAGGAGAAGAAAUGCACUAUAAAAUUCUCUGUAAGGCAGAGUUUAUGCUCUGUGUGCUGCAAAUAUGGAAAUCUUUGUGGAGAGCAUUAAAUAGAUCAGAUUAAAGAUUUUCUUUUUUUGGUAGUUGGGUUGGUAUUGGUCUCCAAAACCUGAUGCUGUAGAGGGUCUAGAGGAAGAUGCAGAGCAGCGCUGAAGGGUCAAAAAUAGAACCAAGAAUAAGAAAAUUCUCUUAAUUUACAUGGAUCAUUGGCUGUAACAGUGCAUAUUUCUAUAUAUCUGUGAUAAUAAUGCUUUUUUCAUUCUAUACCUGCCAACACUGCUAAGGACAGAGUCUGCCAGCAGCUCAGAGGCUUUGGAAGGUGUCACCUCAGCCAGCCUGUCACUCUCCUCCAUAGAAGGUUAUUUUUGCUAGAUCUGAUAUGCCCUUCCUCAUAGCUUCAUGUGAUUCUUUUUAUUUUAAUGUAAAAUGCCACUUGACAGGUUCACUGCACCUAAAAAUUGAGUGCAAACAAACUCACUCUUGCAUGCAGAAGUGAGGUUUUAUUGAGGGAUUAAGGAAGUAACUGAUCUUCUUAAAUCAAACACUGUCUGUACUGCUGUGUACAAUGUGUAAUUUGCAGACACAGUGAUCUUGAUGAGAAUUCUAAAAGUAUGGGAUUAAAAUUGGUGUUAAAAUACCACAUCUGAGGAUUUUUUCUUGUACAUUUCUGUGUGGACUAUGUGUAUUGGGUUUAAAUAUUGUGCUAGAUCUUGUUUUUAAAAAGAAAAGAACAAGUCCCAAAUAAAGAUGAGAUUUUGCUAGGUCUGGAAAA